AAACCUUUGCCGAAUUCGCUGAGGCAAAACAGUGCUUAGAAUUACUUCAAAGUGUUUGUUUACUUCGUGUUCGGAUUAGAGUCCUUACCAUGGAUACGUUUCAACUGCUCUUAGCCGUGGGAGUGUUUUUCUGGAUAUACUUUCUAUGGAGUCGUCGCCGGCUCUAUAUGAUGCAAUUUAAGAUACCAGGACCCAUGGGAUUACCCAUUCUGGGCAUUGCCUAUGAGUAUCUGAUAACCUAUAAACGUAAAAUGAUCAUACGAAGCAAGUAUAUGGAUAUUUACGGCUCCACAUGUAUGGUGUGGUUGGGACCCACGCCAUUUGUAAUCACUCGGGAUCCAAAGAUUGCCGAGGAAAUCUUCAUGUCCCCAGAGUGCCUAAAUAGGAGCUCGAUACUUUCCAAGCCGCUUAAUAGCUGUACAGGAGAUGGAUUAUUAUCAUUGGAGGCAUCUAAGUGGGUUGAACGUCGCAAGAACUUGAAUCCCGCAUUCAGGCAAAAUGUUUUGCUCAGUUUUCUUCCCAUCUUUAAUGCUGAGUCGAAAACUUUGGUGGCCUUCCUGGACUCACUUGUCGGUCAGGGUGAAAAAAAGGUCCGCGACGAUAUAGUGAGAUGGUCUUUUAGAAUAGCCACUCAAACCACAGUGGGAACUGAUGUGAAGAAGGAAACGGCCUUCAAGAACGAUUCAGUUUUGAAAAGUUACGAGUCGCUUAUGAAAAUAAUUGUCAUGAAUGUUUUGUUGCCCUUCACUCACAACAAGAUAUUUUCAACACUAGGCGGAUUUGAAAUGCAGAAAGCUUCGGCCAAAUCCAAUGUUUACAAAAUGAUAGGCACGAUUGUUGACAAAAAGUUAAUGUCAAAGCCAGAAAGUGGCUCACAGCCUGAAAUUACCACUGUGAUUAAUAAGGCCAUCGAACUCCAUCGGAAUGGAGAAAUGUCCCGGGAGGAGGUGCAAUCGGAGUGCUGUUCCUUGGUUGCCGCUGCCUUUGAGACAACUGGUGACACGGUGUAUCACGCCCUCAUCCUGCUGGCCAUGUUCCCGGAGCACCAGGACACGGUCUAUCAGGAGCUCAAGGAGCUGUUCCCCGUAGCCGGUGACUUUGAGGUCACCUACGACGAUUUGCAAAGAAUGGUUUUUCUGGAGCGCGUGGUAAACGAAACACUGCGAUUGAUACCAUCUGUACCAUUUACACCGAGGGAAACAAUCCGGGAUUUCCGUCUAUCCUCUGGCGUGGUCAUUCCAAAAGGAGUUGGAGUUGGUGUCGAUAUAUUUGCAACCCAUCGUAACCGGGAUUACUGGGGUACUGAUCCAUCGUCGUUCAACCCAGAUCACUUUCUGCCCGACAAUGUGCGCGAUAGGCAUCCUUACGCUUACAUUCCAUUUUCGAAGGGAAGGCGGAAUUGUAUAGGUUGGAAAUAUGGGUUGAUGUCAUCCAAGCUUGCUUUGUCUAAGAUACUUAGAAACUGCAAAGUAAGCACAUCUUUUCGAUACGAAGAUCUCGAGUUCGUUGACAACAUUGGAAUGGAACUGGCUCAGUCACCUGGACUGGAAUUUCAUCGGCGAACCUCAGAUGAGCAAUACUUGGCUAAAAUGAUAGUCAUACAAUUGUUGAUCGCUGCGAGUAUAAUCCUUUGGAUCCGUUUUCUAUGGAGUCGACGCAAAUUGUACAUGCUGAUGAUGCAGUUGCCGGGAAGAAUGGGACUCCCUUUACUUGGAAAUUCCCUAGGAUAUCUUAUCAUUAGCAGGGGCAGAAUGAGUUCAAGAACCAUGUACAUGGAUAGGCACGGCUCCACAUAUAUGGCCUGGAUAGGCACAACUCCAAUUGUGGUAACAAGAGAUCCCGAGAUUGCCGAGAAAGUCCUCACGUCACCGUUAUGCAUUAACAGGAGCUCUCAGAUAACUAAUGCGCUCGCACUUUCUAUGGGAUACGGACUGCUGACAUUACAGGGAUCCAAGUGGAUGGCCCGUCGCAAGCAUAUGAAUCCCGCAUUUAAACAUAGUGUCCUGCUCAGCUUUUUUCCCAUUUUCAAUGCUGAAACGGAUUUACUGGUUGGCGUUUUUGACUCAUUUGUUGGUCAAGGUGAAAAAGAUGUCCUUGCAGAUCUCAUAAAAUGGUCAUAUACAAUAGCUACUCAAACCACAUUGGGAACCGAUGUUACGAAAGAUGAUAGUUUCGAAAACGACGCAGUAUUAAAAAGCUAUCAGUCGAUAUUGCGGCUAACCAUCAUAAAUAUUUUCGUGCCCUUUGUGCAAAAUAAAAUUGUUUCCAAACUCUUCGGACUUGAAUGGCUGCGAAGAAGAGACACUUCUACGAUUAAUAAAAUGAUAAGCAACAUUCUGGACAAAAAGCUAAAUUCAAACCCAGAAAAUUAUUCCGAGUCAGAAUCAAAGACUGUUAUACACAGGGCGAUAGAACUUUUUCGUAAUGACGAAAUGUCCUUAAUGGAGUUACGUGCCGAAUGCAGCAGUAUGGUUCUCGCUGCAUUCGAGACAAGCGGCCACACGGUUUAUUAUGCCCUCGUUUUGCUGGCCAUGUUUCCCGAGCAUCAGGAAAUGGUCUUCAAUGAGAUUAAGGAGCACUUCCCUUUGGCCAAAGACUUCGAGGUUACCCACACCGAUCUUCAACAAUUGGUUCACCUAGAUCGCGUUUUGAAUGAAACCCUGCGUUUGAUACCAUCCAUUCCGUUAAGCACGCGGGAAACACUGGAGGACUUGCGGCUAUCAAAUGGAGUUGUCAUCCCCAAGGGAGUGUCUAUCAGCAUAGACAUAUUUAACACUCAACGCAACAGCGAUUAUUGGGGCUCAGAAGCAGCGCAGUUCAAUCCCGAAAACUUCCUGCCGGAAAAAAUCCAGGACAGGCAUCCAUACGCCUUCAUUCCAUUUUCAAAGGGAAGGAGAAAUUGCAUAGGCUGGCGAUAUGGACUGAUGUCUUCGAAGCUAGCUUUAGUCAAGAUACUAAGAAACUAUCAGCUAAAAACCAGCUUUCCGUACGAAAAUCUUGAAUUCGUUGACCACAUGGUAAUAAAGCUUGCUCAGUCACCACAACUGGCAUUUGAACGACGUACUUCAUAACAUAACUUUCGUAUUUUUAAAAUUCUAUUAUAUUGGUUAUAAGAACUCUUUU